AAUGAUUCUACACAAGCACUACUUAUACAUUUGUAUGUUCUCAAACUUUGUUAAUUUUUAAAAUAUUAUGUAUUUUGUAAAAUAUUUCCCUAAUUGCUGUGAUUUCUUAAUUUCUAGACAUGGUUUUUCAAAAUUUCCUAUUUUCAUCUCGACAUCGCAUAACCUUAGGAACAUCUCCUUCUGUCGCAAUUUCCUUAAAGUUAAACCCAGAAAUCUCUCUAAUUCCUUAAAAUAUUUUUCUGGAUUAAAUCUUAAAUCAAAUGAUAAAUCAAAUCAUAUAUCAAGCGGUAAAUGUGAUUUCACUUCCUGUUACUCGACUACCGCUCAUAACUCUGAUAAGUUAACCCAUACACCCAACUCAUUAGCUCCAGAAUCUGAUAAAAUUGAGGUCUCUGAUUCUUCUAAGCCUCCCUUUAUUGUUUUUGACUCUAUGGCUCUUACUUUCGACCUCGACCAUGCUAUUGCCUACACCAACCGUGUUUUAGAUGAUCCCAUCAGUGACAUUUCUGUUUCUGAGACUUCCAAGUUUCUCAUUCCUUUCCCAAACUCUGAUAUGCCUCGGGUUCUAGAAGUAUUGACCAAGCCUUUCAGGGAGAGUUAUACCUAUGAACCUGCCACCACUAUGAUUCAGCUUUGUGUAGAACGCCUUGAGAAUGACCGACUUACUGAAACUUUUGAUAUUGGGGAUGGUUUUAACAAGAGGGCUUAUUUUCUGACUUUACACCUUUGGCUUCUUUACAGGAGAGCACUGAAGGAGGCUCCUGAGGGGAUUCUCCUGAAAAAUUAUCUGCUUGAGAUUUGCUAUAACGUUUUUAGGGACUGGUUAUUUGUUCGGAAGGUUCCCGAGUAUAUGUUUAAUAGGGAGUUUCAGAACACUCAGAACCACAUGCUUAAAUUUCUUCUUGAGUUGAACAAAUCCAGCGAGGAUGAGGACCUCUACCCUUUCAGGCUUUCUGAAACCAUCCGCAGUCUAAUGUACGAGAAUCUGGUUUCUGACCACACUCUUGAGCUGCUUGUCAAGUACGUUUUAAGGCAGUUUAUGCACGUUUCCAACAUUGAUAGAAGGCACUUUAUGAAUGCGAUGUUUUUAUGGGCUGACGUUGAGCCCAUUUGCAAGCCUGCCAGGCUCCUCAAGAGGCCCAUGUACCAGCUAAUUAAAUACGGAGGCUACAGGGGAGCUGAGGUUAAGAAGAUUGAACCUCAAGAUACAAAGAAACUAUCCUAAUAUCAUAACACAUUUA